AUGUCAUCUACUUAUAAAUUUUCCAAAAAUAAAAAGAAAGGAAUUUAUAGACCCUCGUUCAAAUCUAAUAAAAAUGCUACAGAGAAUUUAAAAGACAAUAGUAAUAGUACAAAUUCUAGCAAAUCUGAUCUCUCUAAUGAAGCCACUGAAACUAAUAACAUUAAUAUGAGCAAUAGCGCCAGCCAAUUGCCUAUUUUUAAAAGUAAUCGAUUGAAAGCGGUGCAAAACAAUCCUUUUUCAUCGGCCAACAUAAGUACUGCUGCACAUAGCAAUGGUGUUGAUAAUAAUGAUGAGCAAAACGGAAUUAAUCAAGGCAUCGAUAUAAUUGAAAAAGAUGCAGUAAACACAAUGCUAAACAACAACCAUUUAGAACGCACUUCUCUUGAAAGUGAAAAUAACCAUGACGCUGCUGAACACUCAAAUAUGGCGUCACAACAGAUAUUUAGUUCUGAUAAACUUCAGGAUUAUUAUAAUAAUAAGAAAAGAAAUAUUUUAAAAAAUCAGGGUGAUGGUAGUUAUGAUAAUGAUAAUCAGAACUACAAAGAUUCGGAUGAUAAUGCCAAAGAAGAAGAAGAAGAAGAAGAAAUAUCUAAUCAAUUAAAAACAAAUAACAAUCAAGACUAUUAUGAUAAUGAAAAAUCAGAGUAUAAUAUGAGAGUCAGUAAACGUGAUGCUAACAAAUACCAGGAUGAUGGUAAAAGAAAUUCUUAUUCUUCCUAUUCUUAUUCCACUACUAAUUCAAGCUCCUCAGCAGAUAAUGCCAAAGAUGCCCAAAACAUGAAUAAAGACGAUGAUACAGAAGAAAAUAAAAUUGACCAUUUUAAACAAUUCUUCCAUAGAAGAAACACUAUAAAGGCAAAGGAGCCUAAUCCAACUAAUUCCAAAGAAUACGACCAUGGAAACAGUGGCGCAGACGAGGAAGAAACUGACGGAAUUUCCAAAUUUUUUAAUAAUACAUUUGGAUCAAAUGGGCUCGUUCCGUUUUUGAAUAAUAAUUCUAAUGAAAAAAGUACAGAUAGAGAAGACUUGGGUAAUUCUGAUGAAAUUGAAAACGGCAUCCCCUUAGAUGAUAUCAAAAAUACAGCACAGAAUAUUGUUAAAACGCACUUGGCUUUGAAUAAUGACUCUAGUCAGGACCAUCGUCAACAUUCAGUCUCCAGUUCAGCAGUUACCAACGAUGAUAGCAACGUUAGUGGCACAGAAACUGAUGUUUACGAUAAUAUUGCUUCUCCGCAUACCACAGCUUAUGAUGGGAAUACAUUAAAUAAUUCAAUUACUAAUAAUGACUCUGCUUUUUUUGUUAAUAACGCUCAAAGGUAUGAUAAUGAAAAUUUGGAUGAUGAUUAUGAUAUGUUGCUAGGUAAUGAUUCCUACAUUGAGAGACCCAAAAAAGUAAGAGGGGGGAUUUUAGGUUCCUUAUUAAAAUUGUACCAGCAAGAGGAAGGGAGUUUGAAAUCAGAACUUUCCUUAAAUUCACAAAAACAUCAAACACCUAGUGCUUCAGAAGACGAAGGACAAGAGAUACCAGAAAACCUGAAGAAACGGGGUAAAAUCACUUUCAAGACACCAUAUCUGAAAAAAAGAAGGAAUCUUCAACAGCAAACAAUUAGUGAAGAAGAUCAUCCAAAUGGUGAACUACCAAAAUUUAAAUCUGCAAGACCUAAAUAUUCAAAGAUUAGGCCAAGCAAAUUAAAAAAGAAAAUGUUGGCCGAAGCUAGAAUCACAGUCCACAUCGCAGAUCUAUUGCAGAGACAGCGUUUUAUUUUGCGUAUGUGUAAGGCUUUGAUGCUUUAUGGUGCACCAACCCAUAGAUUAGAAGAAUAUAUGAUCAUGACAUCGAGAGUUUUGGAGAUUGACGGCCAGUUUCUAUAUGUUCCUGGCUGCAUGAUUGUCUCUUUUGGUGACGCCACAACUAGAACAUCAGAGGUUCAAUUGGUUAGAUGUAAUCAGGGUUUAAAUUUAUGGAAAUUACACAAAGUCCAUUCAAUCUACAAGCAAGUAGUUCAUGAUUUACUAGGAGUAGCAGAAGCAAAUUUUGCCAUUGAUUCAAUUUUAUCAGAAAAAAACUUAUAUCCGCCCUGGAUUUGUGUUUUGCUUUAUGGUAUUGCGUCGGCCAUGGUCACUCCAUUUUCAUUUGGUGGUGAUUGGAUCAAUUUGGCCAUUUCAUUUUUCAUUGGUAGCUGUGUUGGGUUUCUUCAGUUCGUUGUUUCACAGAGAUCUUUUCUUUAUUCUAAUGUUUUUGAAGUCACUGCUUCUAUUGUGGUUAGCUUCUGCGGUAGAGCAUUGGGUUCAAUUCCCAAAUCAAACAUAUGUUUUGGUGCAGUGGUACAAGGUUCUUUAGCAUUGAUUUUACCAGGUUAUAUUAUUUUGUGUGGUUCUUUAGAGUUGCAGAGCAGAAAUUUAGUUGCUGGAUCUGUUAGAAUGUUCUAUGCCAUUAUCUAUUCUUUGUUUUUAGGUUUUGGUAUUACUUUGGGCGCAGCGUUAUUCGGCUGGCUAUAUAAGGGUGCUAGUAAUGAAACUACCUGUUCUAAAAACGUUAGUGAUUGGUAUAGAUUUUUGUUUGUUCCAAUGUUUUCUAUAUGUUUAGGUUUGAUUAAUCAAGCAAGAUGGAUUCAGUUACCUGUAAUGACCCUGAUCUCCUGUACCGGGUAUGUGGUCACGUAUUGGUCCGGUAAACACUUUAGCAAUGCAACUGAGUUUACUUCUGCCAUGGCUGCUUUUGUCAUUGGUAUUUUGGGUAAUUUGUAUUCGAGAGUCUUCAAAGGGUUAGCUGUAUCUGCUAUAUUGCCAGCAAUUUUUGUUCAAGUGCCAAGUGGUAUUGCUUCUAAAAGCUCUUUAUUAAGCGGUGUUCAAGUAGCAAAUAACAUUGUUAACAGUACAAGUAGUGCCGCAAAUGAAAGUGAUUUAAGUUCCUCUAUGUCCUUUGGUGUCACAAUGAUUGAAGUUUCUAUUGGUAUUUCUGUUGGCUUGUUUGCUAGCACUUUAGUUGUAUAUCCUUUUGGCAAGAAAAGAACGGGAUUGUUUACACUAUAG